UUCGUUUCGAGACUUUCCCCAUUAUUGCCCACCGAAUUCUCGACUUGACCUUUCCACUCCGAUCCCGGCCCAGGUGCGUCAUCGCCGCAUGGCUCCGGCGGCCGGCGCCCCCAUCGUCGCGCUGGGCGAGGACCUCCUCCGCGAGGUCUUCAUCCACCUUCCGGCCUCCGCCGACCUCCUCCGCGCAGCCGCCGCCUGCAAGCCUUUCCUCCGCGCUGCGCGCAGCGCGCCCUUCCUCCGCCGCUUCCGCCGCCGCCACCCCUCCUGCCCGCGCCUCCUCGGCUGUCUCCUCCUUUACCCCAACCGCCGCAGCGGCAAAUCCCAAUUCGUACCCAUCUCUGCUUCCUCUUCCCCUUCCUCCUCUUCUUCCUCCUCGUCGUCUGCGGCCGCGGCCGCCGACCGUGGCGACUUCGCCCUCUCAUUCCUUCCCGGCGGCGGUUGGCUGGGCCUGGGCGCAGCCACGUGGAAGCACCUGGACUGCCGCAACGGCCGCCUUCUCCUCGAGAACCUGAGGACCCAUGAACUCGCCGUCGCGGAUCCGAUCUCCCGCCGCUACGUUUCCCUCCCCGCGCCUCCCGCCGGGCGCGCCGUCGGGUACGGGCUCUUCACUGACGACGGAGACAAGUCGGAGUUCCGGGUGGUUUGCGUCUCGCGGGACGCCGCCUCGCCCGAGCUGCGCGCGCUGGUCCUAGCCUCCGGCGAGCUCUCCUGGGCCGACGUCGCCGGCAUCGCUUGCCAACCCAAUCUAGCCGUCGGCUCCCGGGUGAUGCAGGCGAACCGGUCGCUGUACUGGAGGCUCGAGGGCGGGGAGCGCAUGGUGGCGUUCAGCACGGCGUCCAUGGAGCUCUCGGUUUUGGACCUCCCGCCUGCCCUGCGGGACCUCCGCUUCGACGCCAUGGACAGAGGGAAAGAAGAGGAUGCCAAUGUCCUCCACCUGCUCACUAUGACUGGCUACCGCAUCGAGGUGUGGGCUGGCACGGCGGACGGUGACGGUGGGAUGGCAUGGAGGCAGGUGGAGAAAUCGUUGAGGUUCCACAAGGCACUGACUGAGAUAAUCGAUCCUUCACUGGAGUCAUACGAGAGGAUCGAUCCUUCAGUGCAGUCAUACCGAGAUGAUAUAGAUGUCAUCGGGGUGGUCGCGGGCCUUGUGUUCUUCCGGAAGUGGACUCAUAUAUUCACCAUUGAUCUUGAAACUAUGAAGCUCAAGAGGUUGCCGAAAGCGGAUUGCCUGGGGGCGCUGAUCUACCCUUACACAGUUGCGUGGCCACCCUCUUUGUUGAAUCCUGCUGAACAAGACAAGCGCUUGAUGUAGUGGGGAACUAGUCACUGGAAUAUGACGGUAAGCACCAGCAUUAGAUGUUUUUGCAGAGGAGAUGGUGGAAAAGGAAGAAUCUCUGCUAUUCUGAUGAUGAAGACUUGUGAGACUUGAUAGUACAAUAGUUGUGUUUGGUUGGUGUGUUCUAGUUAUGCUCCUUGGAAACUGCUUAGUCGUUGUAUAACUCAAAUGUUUUGUGCCAAUUUCAGAAUCACUCCAUCUGAUUUGUCACUUUCGAUUCCUUCCACAAAUUGUCAUGUGCAUUCUCAGCAAGGUCUGAGAAUUGAUCCAUCUGAUGGUCGUAUUGGCUUUUCACUCUGCCUGAAACAAGUUGAUCUAUCUGAAGAUUUCCGCUGAUCUUCAGUGGACAAGGGUCCUUGAGUUAUACACUAUAGUAUCCCAUUU